CGUACGAGUUCGAUUAGAAGGCACUUCCUCUGUAUUGUAGCAAUAGUACCUCGAUUUCUUCUUCCAGUUUUGCCGAUCAAAAGAUCGAAAGUAUCGAUUUUUCUCACGAGUUCGGAAGCCUAAUCUCUAGCUUUGAACUGAUAAGAAAAGCACAUCUCACUUGAUGUCUUCAGUUCUCAAGAGUUCAUGUCGGAUGUAAACAUUCAACUCCCUAGUGCUUUUGAUCCCUUUGCUGAAGCAAUUGUUGACGACUCAGGUGUUGGUUCAAAGGAGUAUGUGCGUGUUUGAGUGCAGCGAAUGGAAAUGUCUAACUACUUUGCAGGGUUUAUAGAAAGAGUUCAGCUACAACAAGAUCUUGAAGGACCUAAAGAAAGAGCUCUAUCGUAAUGGUUCUGUUGUCCAGGAUCCAGAGUUAGGCCAGGUUAUUCAGCUCCAAGCUGAUCAGCAGAAGAGUGUUCUUCUUUCCUAGUAUAGUAUAUUGCAUCUUCAUUUCCGGACAAUGAUCAUGUUUUUUUCUCAGUUUGGUGAUAUAUUUUCUCUUUCUGUUUCUCUUGUUUAAUCCUUUUCUUCUCUCUUUUCUCUUUUUCUCAUGUUAAGCCCAAAGAAUGUAUGCCAUUGGGCAAGCUCCUUGUUGCUCGAUGGACAUUAGUUGCAAACGACAAUUAUGCCCACGACCACCAUGAUUUUCUUAACUGGCUGGUUCGGUAUGAUUUGAUUGGUAUUUGCUCGUCCGAUUGUCAACCGGUACAUGGACCAUCCCAAAUCAAGCAGUCCAAUCUGGUUGAAAUAUAUAUAAUAUUUUUUUUGGAUGUUUUAUUCUGAAAACAUCCAAAAUUGAGCAGCCUCCUCCUUCCUCCACUGACCCUGAUCUCCUUCUCUACCUUCGCCGCACAUGUCUAUUCCUCUCCUCCAAUGUCUUCUCUACCUUGGUGAAGCAGACGGAUGAUGAAGGAAGAAUGGAGGAGGCCAUAGGUGGGUCCCGACGGCGAUGGUGGCAAAGAAGAGGGAGAAGGUUCGACUGAACUGUUGUGAGGAGUCGGGAAGCUGAGGAGUCACAAGGAGGAGGACCAGCUCAAAAACCGAUGAGCUGUUUGCAUGAUCGUGGCCUGCCACUGCCCAUGUGUCUUUCACCUGCUCCAAGAAAUUCAACUUGAAGCAAGGACUGCUAAAAUUUUGAGGUCAUUUUUAAUCAUGGUGGAUGUUGCUCACAUGAGAAUGAUGUGGACUUCAAGGAGAGGUUUGAAUCCCCAGAAAUGGUGGAGGCAGAAAUAUAUCAGACAAAUUUAAUAGGUUACCCGAAGCAGGAUGACAUCUCCACCAUUUAGAUAUUCCAACAAAGAUUAAUUCAAUGGCAAGUUAAAGGCUUCCUCCUUUUGGAAGGACCACCAACCUGCCAUAACUAUAUAGGCAUUGGGACAUCAAGAGCUCUCCUUUUGAUCCCCUACUCCAACUGUAAAUUAUCAUCAUUGUUGCUGUCCUCCCCCCCUUCCUCUCUCUCUCUCUCUCUCUCUAAAAGCCAAAACCAAUUCUUUUUUGUUCCUUCGUUUUUCUUGGGUACUUUGAAGUUUGAAACCCCAUCAUCUUUGGAAACUUUAGAGAGAAAGAUGGAUGGGAAUAUAGCUUUUGGCUUUGGAGCCAUAAAUUAAAGAUUCUUAUUGUCAAGUGCAUGUUCUGUAAAGCCUCAGUGCAAUGGCAAUCAAGAUGAAGGGGCUUCUCAAGGGAAUCAAAUACAUCUCUCAUAUAUUUGUGCACAAGGAGCAGGAGAUGGAAAUAGGGUAUCCAACAGAUGUAAAGCAUGUUGCACAUGUUGGCUUCGACAACCUGUAUGGGAGUUCUCCCUCUUGGAUGAAUGAUUACAAGACAUCACCUGAUUUCUCAUCAGGUUCCCUUAGCAACUUCGGAUCGAGAGAACCCUCGUGGGCUUCACAAGAUUUUGAUCAGCAAAGAGAGCUACAACCACCACCUGAGAUUUUCACAGACCAUCCUUGCCCAGACUUACCAAAAGCCCCUAAGAAGAGAAAACCAAAGAAGGCUAAGGCCAAAUCCCCAUCACCAGCGAGAUCGUCGAGAUCAUCAGCAUCGAGAGAUUCAUACUCCACUGCAUUUGAAGAUUUCGGUGAGACGCGAAGGGAAUUCCGAUUGGUCUAGGGUUAUCUUUUACAUGUAAAGGAUUGGAUAUUCUCAUCUGCCUUUCUUUCAAAAAAAUAUUUGUUCAAUCUUUUCCGGUUUUAAAGUUGUUCAGUAGACCAGAUUGUCACACUUUCUUUCCCACUGAACACCUAGAAUCCAUGUCUGCAAUUUGAAUGA